AUGAAGACAACGAGUCCAAAGGACCAGAACCAGAAUCAGAACCAAAACCAGAACCAGAACCAGAACCAGAACCAGAACCAGAAUCAGAACCAAAACCAGAACCAGAAUCAGAACCAGAACCACGUCGGUCUGAAGCCGAUGGAUUUCAACGGUUUGGCCGACCCGUACGUCAAACUGCACCUGCUGCCAGGAGCCUGCAAGGCCAAUAAACUGAAGACGAAGACGAUCCGUAACUCUCUGAAUCCAGUGUGGAAUGAAACGCUCACUUACGUCGGGAUCACAGAAGAAGACAUGCACAGGAAGACGCUCAGGUUGACUGUGUGCGACGAGGACAAGUUGACUCAUAAUGAGUUGAUCGGAGAGUGCCGGGUGCCUCUGAAGCGUGUGAAACCAAACCAGACGAAAUACUUCCACACCUGCCUGGAGCACCCGCCCCCGGUAACACACACACACACGCUCCCGUCUCCGACCGCCAUGGGUGAAGCGCUUCGAGGAAUAUCCUCUACGUACGAGAGGUGAUGGGAGAACGAGCAGCUGCACAGCCUGGAGGAAAGAGGUCGUCUUCUUCUCUCUCUGCAGUUUCUGCCUCCGCUCAGUUCGGAGAAUCUAGACGUGGAUGGAGGAGGAGGUGAAGGACGCCGCAGCGGGGGUCUCUGUGUGGGCGUGAAGCGCUGCGCCCACCUGGCAGCCAUGGACGUCAACGGGUUCUCCGACCCCUACGUCAAGAUAUACCUGAAGCCCGAUAUACAGAAGAAAUCCAAGCACAAAACAGCUGUGAUGAAAAAGACCCUCAACCCUGAAUUCAACGAGGAGUUCUUCUACGAGAUCUCACUGUCGGAGCUCGCCAACAAGACUCUGGAGGUGACGGUGUGGGACUACGACCUGGGACGCUCCAACGACUUCAUAGGUGGCAUCUGUCUGAGCUGUCACUCGCAGGGCGACGGCCUCCGUCACUGGAUGGACUGCCUGAAGAACCAGGGCCAGCGGGUGGAGCGCUGGCACAUCCUGAGCAACGAGCUGCCCCGAACCCUCAGCCACGACUGAACCCGAGGGGGGGGGGGGGGGUCGCUGGGAUCCUCUUUAUGGGACGCAUUCGAUCAACGUUACUGCGGGAUGGGGAGGAGACGUGUGUUUUGACGGAGCCGGAGCAGCAGGAGGUGUGCCUUCAUUAAUGAGCAGUUUGAAGAAGCUCCAACAGCAGGGGGGGGGUGUGGGGGAUGGGGGGGGGGUAUUCUUGAAAUUCAAAUGCAUGUUUUUUGUUUGAAAAAAAAAGCUUGUUUGCGGUCCAGGUAAUUAUCGUUCAGGCAAUUACUUCUACUCUCUUUUCAAAUUAAUAUUCAUAUUAUUCCAAUAAUAAUACUUUCAACACUAAAGACUUAACAAUAUAACAUUUUCAUUAUUGACACUGUAAUUAUACUGAGAAGACUCUUUAUUUAUAGUUACAGGAUAUAAACGGGCUUGAGGUGAUUUUAUAAUCAGGAAACACUGAGAACUACAGAAGCGUCUGGUGAAGCUGCAGAGAACUCGUUUAGUUUUUCUUAAGUUAGAGAAAUGUUCCAGAGUUUCACGUGUUCGGAUGGACGGAGCUCUUCAGAGGGGCUGACAGUGAUUCUGUGUUCGCUCAGCCCCGCGCACUUAGUCCCUGUUCUCAGCUCACAAACCGUUUGGUGGCAGAUUUAAAAUCAAAAUUCACUUUAAUAUUUAAAACAGCGGCUCCUUGAUUUCACACAGAAGUCGACAAAAGCAGCUUUUAAUUUCUAACCAGCGACAAACAAUGUGUCAAUGUCACAAUGUGUCAAUGUCACAAUGUGUCAAUAUCACAAUGUGUCAAUGUCACAAUGUGUCAAUGUCACAAUGUGUCAA